AUGGAUGGCUUAAGAUUUAAAAGAUUCAGAAGUUUCGGAGACCGAAAUAGAGCUGGAUACUCAAGAGUUGACCAAAUCUAUGUAUCUCUUCCUGCUGGAACUGAACUUCUAGCUGACCAAGCAAAGCUAUAUAAAGCUGCACUUAGCAAUUGCUUUGAAGUGGAAGACUGGGGGCCAAUUGAAUGGAGCAUAAUGGCCAAACAUUUUGAGCGUCAAGGAAAAUCGCCAUAUGCCUAUCAUGCACUUCUCAAGGACAAGUGGAUGGGAAUUGAAGAAUUGAGGAUUAGCUGCAGCUUGCAUUUUUCGAAGAACUUACGCAUGAUCCGAACAUCUCAAGUGAAUGCUUAG